AUGGACCGAUUUGGCUUGACUGCAGGAAACGCCUUUCCUGGCAAGUUGAUACGUCCAAAGUGCUACGACUGCCUUCAGCAAGGUGUUGUUGAUGAAGUAGGCCCAAUUUUCCAUCCAAUGGAGAAUAUUAACCUAAUUGAUGGGCAUAAUGGAGCAUUUGCUCCAUUCGGUAUUAAAAGACGUAAAAUGGAUCUUCAUUCGUCUCAAAAUCUUAAAAUUUGCGAUAUUGGCGACGAUCUGAAGAAGAAGUUACGAAAGUUUCGAUUUCGCCAAGAAACCAAUAACGCAGCUAUAUUAUUGAAAAUCGAUGCCGAAUCUCGGGAAAUUGUCUGGGAUGAAGAAUAUGAGGAUGUUACCUUAGAUGAUUUACAAAGUGAAUUGGCAGAACAUUUACCCCGCUAUAUCUUGUAUUGUUACUGCCACGAGCAUCAAGAUGGUAGAAAAUCUUAUCCCUUAUGCUUAAUUUUUUACAGCCCACAAGGUUCUAAGCCUGAAAUUCAAAUGAUGUACGCUGGCUCAAAGAAUAAUUUAGUUAAGACGGUAGAAGUUAGCAAGGUAUUUGAAAUUAGAAGCCUGGAUGAACUAACUGAUGAAUGGGUGAAAUCGAAAUUAUCAUUUUUUCGUUAA